UUUUCCCGCAAAGCAUAGUUAUCUCCUCUAUGCUCUAUCUAUCCAGCCCUAAUUUUCCCGGGAAAAAUUAACAGCCACUCGACAAACUUGCUGGUGAAAUUUCUCUUUUGUUUUCUCUUACCAACUCUAACUCUUCCUCACAUGGUGUAGAUCUCUUCAUUAUCAUCUUCCAUUUUUCUCUUUUUUUUCUUUCUUUCUUCCUUCUUAUAAAAACUUCUUCAACUCACCCAUAAAUUCAAUUCAAUCAACAACGAAAGAAAAAAAAAACCCAUCAAAUCUAAAUCUACAUCUUCAAUUUCUACUCUUUCUCUCUCCUAAGAAAAAUCAACAUCAAUGGAGGACGAUUCAGAUCGUUCUUCAUCUAAACCAUUUCUCAUCAACCACCCAUCAAAAAUUGCUCGUCCUUCUCUCUCCUUUGACCAGAUUGACGUGGGUCCCACAACCCCAUCUCGCAUAAUCGACCGUAUGAUCAAUUCUAAUCACAACCCUUCUCCUUCACGAACAAUCUUAAGUGAUCGAUUCAUUCCAUCAAGAACUUCAUCUAAUUUCUCUCUCUUCAAUUUGACUUCUUCUUCACCAUCUUCUUCGUCUUCUUCAACUUCUUCUCCGCAGAAUAGUAAGCAGCCCGAUGGGGCCCGGGAAGAUUCUUCCAGUGCGUAUACUUCUCUUCUUCGGGCCGCACUAUUCGGGCCUGAUUCCGGGUCAUUUUUCCCGGGUACGCCUGAAAAAGGGGCGCCUAAUCGGAACAUUUUCCGGUUUAAGACCGAAACGAAACGGGCAUUGCCGUCAUUGAUGCCGUUUGGGCCCGAUGAUUCGUUGCCCGGUGUUAGUUAUAGCCCGGUUAAGACACCCAGGAAAAUCCCCAGGUCACCUUAUAAGGUACUGGAUGCACCAGCUUUGCAGGAUGAUUUUUAUUUGAACUUGGUGGAUUGGUCUCCGAACAAUGUACUUGCUGUGGGAUUAGGCAAUUGUGUUUACUUAUGGAAUGCUUGCAGUAGCAAAGUAACUAAGUUAUGUGAUUUGGGAAUUGAUGACAGCGUAUGUUCGGUAGGAUGGGCUCAGCGUGGGACACAUCUAGCUGUUGGUACAAACAAUGGCAAAGUUCAGAUUUGGGAUGCUUCUCGAUGCAAAAGCAUUCGGACUAUGGAGGGCCAUCGGUUCCGUGUUGGUGCGCUAGCAUGGAGUUCAAGUGUGCUGUCUUCUGGUAGCCGAGAUAAGAAUAUAUUACAAAGAGAUAUACGUGCUCAGGAUGAUUAUGUCAGUAAAUUAACUGGACACAAGUCCGAGGUUUGUGGACUUAAGUGGUCAUAUGAUAACCGUGAGCUAGCAUCAGGCGGGAAUGACAAUAGACUUUUCGUGUGGAACCAACAUUCAACUCAGCCUGUAUUGAAGUAUUCUGAACAUACAGCAGCAGUUAAAGCAAUUGCUUGGUCUCCACAUCUUCAUGGGCUUCUUGCAUCUGGCGGUGGUACCGCUGAUCGAUGCAUCCGUUUUUGGAAUACAACCACUGAUUCCCAGCUGGGAUGCAUGGACACUGGCAGUCAGGUUUGCAAUCUUGUGUGGUCUAAAAAUGUCAAUGAACUUGUCAGCACUCAUGGUUACUCCCAAAACCAGAUAAUUGUUUGGAGAUAUCCUAGCAUGUCAAAGUUGGCAACUCUCACAGGACAUACUUACAGGGUUCUCUAUCUUGCAAUUUCACCAGAUGGGCAGACCAUUGUAACUGGAGCAGGAGAUGAAACACUCAGAUUUUGGAAUGUCUUCCCUUCUUCCAAGUCUCAGAACACGGACAGUGAGCUUGGAUUCUUAACACUCGGAAGAGCUCAAAUUCGGUGACAUCUACAUCCAUUGCUAGUUUUUAGUGGAAAGCUUAAACAAUGUAUUAAUCAGCAACAAGAGAUCGCUCAUCUCUUGAAGGCUCCAUAUACGGCUGUGCGGAAUAGAAAAAUGACGGCGAUUUGUCUUCUUCAGGCAAGCCCUACAACUUUUGGUCUGCUGAAGCCUCACUUGCUAACUUGUAUCUGAACUCGAAGAUUGUGGAGCUCAACGAUUUUGUCACUAUGAUAGAUGGAAAUUGCUCAUAUAUGUUUGAUUAUAUGUAUAGAAUGGGAGUUACACCCUUGCUAACUCCCUUGUUAUACUGAUAAAAUAUAUAAUAUAUCUCCAUAGGUGCCCAAAGAUGGCAGACCAUGGUGUUAAACGUCCAACCUUUUGUAAAUAAGAUGAUCCAUCAUACUCUUUAUUAUUUGUCACAAAUAGCUAUAUCUGUGCUCAUUGCACAGGCCUUCCUCUCUGUUACGUUUUUUUCCCAUAUGAAGUAUUUCAUUACUCUCAUCUAAAUUAGUGGUCGAAGGUUAAAGAAUGUAUUGACGAUACUUGAGCAACUUUUAUCCGAGGCUAUGUUCUCUUCAUCUUAAUAAAGUUGUUCUUGUUUGAAUUUUUGAGAUUCAA